UGUCUUUCUUUACUGAUCUAGUCGGCAGCACUUGGUGGAGCGGCUCAUCUGGUGAAUUUCUGCAGCACAGAUACAGUGGCGGGUCUGCUGAUGGCACAACGAUACUAUGCAUGUCCUAUGGCUGGGUUCUCCAUCCCUGCUGCAGAACACAGUACUAUCAUCUCCUGGGGCAAGAGCCGAGAGAAAGAUGCGUUUGAGUGUAUGCUGGAGCAGUUUCCCUCUGGGCCUGUAGCUGUGGUUAGCGACAGUUAUGAUAUUUUUAAGGCUUGUAAGCACAUCUGGGGGGACAAGCUGAAGGAGAGAGUGAUGGAGAGGAGUGAGGAUUCUGCGCUCAUUAUUCGUCCAGACUCCGGGGACCCCGCUCAAACCCUCAUAGAGGUGAUAAAGAUUUUGGAGGAGUGUUUCGGAUGUUCUCUAAACUCAGUUGGUUACAAGGUGCUCCCAUCAUACCUGCGCAUUAUCCAGGGGGAUGGAAUUGAUCUGAACUCGAUUAAUGAGAUUCUUGAGAAACUGAGCGAUGAGGGUUGGAGUGCUGAAAAUGUGUUUUUCGGUUGUGGAAGUGCACUGCUGCAGAAAAUCAACAGAGACACGCUAAACUGCGCUUUUAAGUGCAGCUAUGUGGAGACCAAUGGCAAAGGCAUGGACGUCUGUAAGCAGCCAGUGACGGACCCGUCUAAAGGGUCCAAGCGUGGACGUCUCUCUCUGAGGAGAAAUUCAGAUGGCCUCAUUGAGACGGUGGAAAGAGGAGCAGGCAAACCACAGGAGGACAUGUUGGUGACUGUGUUUGAAAAUGGGACCAUCCUUCAGGAGUACACUCUGGAUGAGAUCCGUAAAGCUGCUCAGAUUUGGGAAGAAGAUGUGAGCCCUUCCGAGCACAACAAAGAGGACAACACUUCUCUGGAGAUCCACCAGAAACUCAUAAUGAACGGCGUGCAUUAAUAAGCACAAUAUGCGCACUGUUCUCUACACUGCCGCCUACAGACCAACCACAGACCAAUUCCACUACACUCAGAUGCUCAUCAAUAUAGCAGGACACAGUGUUGCCAAUACAGUAUACAAAUACAUAUAACAUCUGACUUUUCAAAUUUUAAGGGAAACCCUUAAAUUUUGGACUUGGUUGCCACCGGGUUAAUUAGUUCCUCCUUCAUUUUACCACACUUUGUGAUGCCAAAUAUCUUUGUUGGUGCUUCAGUAACAUGAAUAUUUUUCAGGAAUAUAUUACGGCAGGGUUUGCAAUCGAUUGAUCGUAAUGUUGUUAAAGCAUCGCCUGGCAGUACAUUGAUAAAUGAAGGAAACUUCUUUUGAGGUGAUCUCAUGAUCAUAUCUGGGCUUCUGCAUCAGCAAUUCUGCACAUGAUCCCAUUUUUCUGAUGUGACGUACUCUCUGAAAAUGCAAAAAAGAAUUCUAUUUCACUUUUGGAGGAUUUGGGGUGUUCUUUUAAUAUUUUUUUAGACACCCAUAAUGCCAAGAUAGCAAUGAUGCAUAUAAUUUUUACUUUUUUUUUUACUAUAAACAAAUCAGUUUUAACUAUUCCCAUGUUGUGUUCAGCAUAGAGAUGCACACUUGAUAAAGAUCCACCCACUUUGUGUCUCCUUGCUAUUACAUAGCUCACGUAAAUUAGAUUUAAUUCUUUUGUUGGAAAAGAUGGACAAAAUUCUUCUCUGAGGAUUUUAGAACAGCAAAUUGAUCCUGAUAUCACUCUCAUUAAACACUCUCAGUGAGUAAAUGCUGCAUAGAAAAGAAUCAAAUGUUUCCUGAUAAUAGUUACAGUGUGACUUAUGUGGAUCUGGUUUAAGACUUCUGAGAUGCACAGAAUACAUCAUACAAACACAUUUCAGUAUUUGGUUUCCAUACAGCUGCUGAUGGUGCCUUAAAAACCACUCAAACCUCAGUGACGGUCACUCGCUUUUGCUUUGUCAUCUCCUCCCCUCAUUUCUCACAAUUAAUAUUGUCCAUCAUACUCAGUUUCUCUCUUUUAUCCUUCUGUGACUCACAUAUGAAUGAUGUUCAGUGAUUGCUUUUUUUUUCUUUCUCUGUUGCCUUAUGUUGAAGGCAACAUCAAGCUUCUGUCAUCUAUAUGCUGAUGCUGAAUGAGAUGUGUGCAGUGGGUUUAAUUACAGUGUACAUUGUUUAUUGUGUCAUCAUCUUUGUGUUCGAUCAUGGAAAUGACUCAUUUCCAGGCUGUUCCGAACAUCUGAAAUGAAGCAGUUUGACCCUACCUCUUUUUUUAACUAAUAAGAAUGUAUAUUAAUAUGAAGUGAUGAUCCUUACACUUAAAAAGCAUCUAUUCUGUUAUGUAAAUACUCUUUAAUGAUUGUUUCAAUGAUAAAUUCUAGCAUUCUUGUUGCAUUUUUUAUUUUUGAAUGACAAAUAGACAGAAUAAAAUAUAUAAUAAAUGUAGAUCAAACUUUG